CCGCGAGGGUUGCCGGGACGGCCCCCAUCUUCUUUACGCGCGGUGGGCAAGCCGGCGACUCAGAGGAGUGUAGACGCUGCUGGGGAUCGUGUGCCACGUCUCUGUGGGGCCAGGAACUGCAAGAAGGCUCUGGAGUACAGUAGGGCUUCCCUGUGUCUCAGUGGUAAAGAACUCGCCUGCCAGUGCAGGAGACGCUGGUUCGAUCCCUGAGUCUGGAAGAUCCCCUGGACAAGGAAAUAGAAACCCACUCCAGUAUUCUUGCCUGGGAAUUUCCGUGGACAGAGGAGCCUGAUAGCCAGAAUGGCUGAAAAUGGUGAUAAUGAAAAAAUGGCCGCUCUGGAGGCCAAAAUCUGUCAUCAAAUUGAGUAUUAUUUUGGAGACUUCAAUUUGCCACGGGACAAAUUUUUAAAGGAACAGAUCAAACUGGAUGAAGGCUGGGUUCCUUUGGAGAUAAUGAUAAAGUUUAAUAGGUUAAACCGUUUAACGACAGACUUUAAUGUAAUAGUAGAGGCCCUGAGCAAAUCAAAGGCAGAACUCAUGGAAAUAAGUGAAGAUAAAACUAAAAUUAGAAGAUCUCCCAGCAAACCCCUCCCUGAAGUGACUGAUGAGUAUAAAAAUGAUGUAAAAAACAGAUCUGUUUAUAUUAAAGGCUUCCCAACUGAUGCAGCUCUUGAUGACAUAAAAGAAUGGUUGGAAGAUAAAGGUCAAGUGCUAAAUAUUCAGAUGAGAAGAACGUUGCACAAAGCGUUUAAGGGUUCAAUAUUUGCUGUAUUUGAUAGUAUUGAAUCAGCUAAAAAGUUUGUCGAGACCCCUGGCCAGAAGUACAAAGACACAGACCUGCUAAUACUUUUCAAGGAAGAUUACCUCACCAAAAAAAUUGAAGAAAGAAAGCAAAAUAAAAUGGAAGCUAAAUUAAGAGCUAAACAAGAGCAAGAAGAAAAACAAAAGCUAGCAGAAAGUGCUGAAAUGAAAUCUCUAGAAGAAAAGAUUGGCUGCUUGCUGAAAUUUUCAGGAGACUUAGAUGAUCAGACGUGUAGAGAAGAUUUGCACACCCUUUUCUCAAAUCAUGGUGAAAUAAAAUGGAUACACUUUGUCAGAGGAGCCAAAGAGGGAAUAAUUCUUUUUAAAGAAAAAGCUAAGGAAGCACUGGAUAAAGCAAAAGAGGCCAAUAAUGGUAACCUACAACUAAGGAACAAAGACGUCACCUGGGAAGUAUUAGAAGGAGAUGUGGAAAAAGAAGCACUGAAAAAAAUAAUAGAAGAUCAACAAGAAUCUCUAAACAAAUGGAAGUCAAAAGGUCGCAGAUUUAAAGGAAAAGGAAAGGGAAAUAAAGCUGCCCAGGCUGGGUCUGCUAAAGGAAGAGUACAGUUUCAGGGCAAGAAAACUAAAUUUGAUAGUGAUGAUGAACGUGAUGCAAACGGUGCAUCUGGAGCAGUAAAAAGAGCACGAGAAGAAAGAGACGAAGAAGAACCUCCAUCAAAACAACAGAAAACAGAAAAUGGUGCCGAAGACCAGUAGUUUAAUAAACAAAUUUUUUAUUCAUUUUAAUUAGAUUUUAAGCUGCUUUUGUCUUUGGAGGCUGUUAUAAAGAAAACCGAAUUAAAUCCACUUCGAUGUCUACCUGUAAGAAAGGAAGAUUUGUUGUUGUUAUUGUUGAACUUGUCUUCUGUUAUCGAAAUGAGUUUUUUAAUGUGCAGUUCUGUUUGUGUUCUUUUGGAUUAUUCAAAUAUCAAAAGAAACAUUCUUCCAUUAAGUUGCCUUUGUAAUAUGAAUGCAUUAGUACAAAGUAAUAAAAUGUAUACUGCAUAAAAA